AUGGGUCUCAAAAGGCGCAAAACGUCUGGGUCGGCAUCGACACCUGAGCCGAAGAGACGCGUCACGCGUUCAUCCACCAGGACAAGCACAGCACCUGCACACGACUCACCGAAAGCGGGAACAAAGACUUCAAAGAAAUCCUCCACAUCAGAGCGCAAAGAGCCUUCUCCGGCAAAUGCGACACCUAAAGUAGAUGAGGCACCGGCUGAAGAUAGCAGCCCAGCACCUCAAGUAAUAACGACCCGAACCAUCACACACGACCUAGUUAAGAAACCAAUCCAAUAUCAUCAAUACACGCCAUCUUCCUCAAACCUCUCACCAACCUUGAUAUUUACCCACGGUGCAGGCGGCACGCUGUCCGCCGACGCAGUAGUAAACUUCUGCACCGGCUUCUCCAAGUACUUCCCCGUCCUCGCAUUCCAAGGCUCCAUGAAUUUAAAGGCGCGAACCAAAGGCUUUCACGCGUGCAUCGAGGAAAUCUAUUUCAGCCAGGAGACUGCGCAAAAGAGCAAACCGAAAGGGCAGAUCAAGAAAAAGAGGAUGUUGCUAGGUGGACGAAGCAUGGGCGCCCGAGCCGCCGUCAUCGCCGCCAGCGAACUCUUAGCCGAGAAAGAUCACGAACGAGAGGAGACGAGUAUACAGCUUAUCCUCGUAUCGUACCCACUGCAAGGCCCUAAGGAUGAUUUGCGGGAUCAGAUCUUGCUCGACUUACCAGAGAGUAUCAGCGUACUUUUUAUCAUCGGCGACAAAGACGCAAUGUGUCCGCUCGAUCUAUUGAACGAGAAUAGAAGCAAGAUGGUAGCGAAAUCGCAGGUCGUUAUUGUAAGAGAUGCAGACCAUGGUAUGAACAUUAAACCUGCUAGCGCUACGAAGCAAGUUGGUGAAUCGACGGGACGGGUGGCUGCGUGGUGGGUUGAGGGAGAUUUGAAGGGGGAUGUACAAUAUAUAGGAAAGCAAGAGGAGUAA